CCAGGUCUCACCCCCCAGUUUUACCUGUGGCUGCUCUGGGAAGGGGUCAAAAGUCACGAGAUGGAGCAGGAAAGCCUGAGGGUGCUGGUGCUACUGGGAGUUCUGUCCAUGGUGAGAGGGAACCCCCACACUGAUGCCAACAAUCCCUUCCAGUACGACUGGCAUCACCUGCGCGUGGCCGGGCUGGGCGUGGCCGCCGUCCUGUGCGUCUUGGGCUUCGUCGUCCUGCUCAGUGGGAAGUGCAAGUGCCGGAGCAAGGCCAGCCACCGACGACCUCCCCCCGAGAUGUCACACCUGGUUGGGACAGGAGCCACCAGCACGUGCUGAGGUGUCCCCAGGUGUCCUCGAGUGUCCCCAAGUACAGCAACACAUGGAGGGGGGACGGGCGGGUUUAUUUUGGGGUGAAACCCCCCCCAAAACAGCCCAACAAAUGGGGAAAAUGAAUAAAA